UUUUUCUUGCUUAAAACUCUUUGUCGAGUAUAUGAGAAAAAAAGGAAGUAACAUUCAUACUUGUAUUUUCGAGGAAAAACGAAAACCCUAGUCCAUGCAGAAUUAUUGCCACUGUAAUUUUUUUCUUUUUUUAAAAAACCAUGUAUACAGAACCUCCUCCUUUAAUUUAAAAAUAAUUUGUUUGAAACUGAAUAUAUGUAAGGCAAAUAAAAAAUAGAAGUAGUGAUUUGGCGUUUUUCUUUUAAUAAUAAUAUAAGUACAGGUCCAUUCUUAAAUAUUUCAUAUAGCGCACUUGCCAAAAAAACUUGGAAAUCCUCCAAACCCAUUAUUUUCUAUUUUCCAAAUUAUAAGUUUUAUAGCAAAGAAGGAAAAGAUGAGAUCAAAAAACCAAAGCCCCAUCAAUGUUAAGCUCAUUCUCAUUGGUAUUAUUCUAGUUUUUCUUUUGUUUUUGGUACUUAGAUCAACUUAUUCACCUUCUCCUGAUCAACAAACUACUCAAUCUCUUGUUUCAAAGUCAUCAUCAUCAUCACAAGAUGAAGAAACUGAUCAUCAGUCUUCAGAAGCUUGUCCAUCAAACACUUGCAACAAGAUAUCCCCAUCACUAGCAAAUGCUUUAGUCCACUAUGCAACUUCAAAUGUGACACCACAACAAACACUUAAAGAAAUCUCAGUUUCGUUAAAAGUUCUUGAAAAGAAAUCUCCUUCCAAUUUCUUGGUGUUUGGAUUAGGACAUGAUAGUUUAAUGUGGACAGCUCUAAAUCAUGGUGGAAGAACAGUUUUUCUUGAAGAAGACAAGUCGUGGAUAGAGCAAAUACAGAGUCAAUUACCAAAUUUGGAAUCUUACCAUGUUAUAUAUGACACAAGAAUAACUCAAGCUGAUGAACUCAUGGAAAUUGGAAUGAGUAAUGAAGAUUGUAAGAAAGUAACAGAUCCAAGAUUAUCAAAAUGUCAGCUUGCUCUAAAGGGAUUGCCUCAACAAGUGUUGGAGAUUGAUUGGGAUUUAAUAAUGGUAGAUGCACCAACUGGUUGGCAUGAUGGAACACCAGGAAGAAUGAGUGCAAUAUACACUGCAGGAUUGAUUGCUAGGAACAAACAAGAUGGAGAAACUCAUGUGUUUGUUCAUGAUGUUGAUAGAGUUGUGGAAGAUCAAUUUUCAAAGGCUUUUCUUUGUGAAGGUUAUUUGCUACAACAAGAAGGGAGGAUUAGGCAUUUCAAUAUUCCUAGCCAUAAGGCACGUUUGGGUAGACCCUUCUGUCCUUAAACAACUUUGAUCUCCUAAUUAAAAAAUAUUUUUUAUUCCCACAUGUAUUUUCAUUCUCCAUUUUGUUUCAUCUACCAAUCGAUGUACAUUGGGGACUAUGUUCAUUCCUACUAUUAUUUUCUAUCAUAUAAUAAGUAAUAUUGGGAUUGAUUUGAUGGUUGAA